AUGUGGUGCGGGCGUUCCUGCGACAAAAACCAAUCUUGCACCUUCCUACACUACCCCAGGUCUGAUCCUCCAGCAGCGCCCGCACGAACAGCGCGCUCGAGGUACAACAAGCAAACCGCUCAUUUGUACAACCUGAUGGGUGGUAGUGGCUACGAAUCCGGUGUAUCUCGGAUCCAUGAAGUCAAUACGUGGCCGCUUCUCGAGGCUGUCUUAAAGAAGGCAGACGUAGCCCGCCAGUGUGGCGGCCUCCUGCAUUGUGACUAUACGGACUGGACCAAGAAGAGAGAUGCGUCAGCGGACCAGCUGACUCGUAGUAUCUGUCGAGAUACUAUUCAGUGGAUGGCGAACUGGUGUGGUGCAGACUACUCCGCCAGUCCGGUUGGCCUACAUUACGUGGCGUUGACGAGCAUUGUGGACGACCUAUGCAUUCCGCCCUUGGACGUUGUGCACGGCCGCUUUAGCAUGUAUGGAAGGACAUGUCGCGAUCUGAUGCAGGUGAUGGAUCAAGAGCAUUGGGGUGCUGAUGGAAUACAUGUUUUGCUUUCACUUUUGCGUCAAUACUUGUUCCAGUACGCCGAGAAGGUCGACUUUGAGAAUGGCUUGGGCCACAUUGGCUUGCAUACCCAACUUAGCCAGACACGCGCAGUGUGGGAUAGCGUGGUGUACAGAACAUAUACGGCAAACACCUACGGCGCAGCCAUUGUCAUUGGACGUGUAACUGCCUCUGGGCCCUUGACGGCCACGUGGCUAGUUGACAGCGCGAUAUGUGAUGCCAUCUCAAUGGACUUGGCUAAGUCAGGCCUACGGGUGUACGAGCAGGAUAACCACAUUCCCACUGAUGUGGGGACAAACCAGGCUGGGGAACAAAUGCGAAAACUGGAGCGGGAGCGUCGAACAGAAUAUCACUCGGUAUAUCUGGACCUCAUUGACGACCUCGUAGAUAGUGGUGCUCCGGACGCUAUAGUUCACUUUGGACGCUCUGGCUUCCUCUUUGUCCAGAUACAGGAUCGAUAUUUGGAGCGUCGCGCUGGUCGCCGAUUCGCAAUUCGUCCAGCCAUGGCUACGCAACUAGAUGAAUUGUUUGGAGAAAAGCCGACUGAUUCAACGUUGGACGGGCUUUUCCGCCUGAGAUGGAUAGCCGAGAACGGUAACGAAAUUUCAAGUCGGCGACGGGACUACGACAAUGAAACGGCGAGCUUUCUGGCGCCGGAACUGUCUUCCACAUGCCAAAUGCGUCAGUCGUGUCGGAGGCUAACAUACAGCCUUGGGGAGGCGGGUAUUCCCACUUCAAUAUCACCAAAUUGGAUUGGGAACGGUAG